GUUUUCCAAACCGAAACUAACUUUGUCCUUCUCGAGCCACUGUCCCAGCUGAUUGAAACACGUCAGCGACAGCGAGACAGUGCCAACAUGGCGUUUACUCUGUAUUCCCUUAUCCAGGCAGCUAUUUUGUGUGUAAAUGCAGUUGCUGUCCUUCAUGAAGAGAGGUUCCUCAGCAAAAUUGGCUGGGGAGCAGAUCAUGGAAUUGGAGGAUUUGGCGAUGAACCAGGAAUUAAAUCACAACUUAUGAACCUUGUUCGGUCUGUAAGGACAGUCAUGAGAGUACCCUUAAUAAUUGUGAACACUGUGGCUAUUGUUUUACUGCUACUAUUUGGAUAGAUGAGAUCAAGAAGAGGAGAAAGGCCAGCACCUUGGACUCCAUUUAAAAACAGAAAUCUGGAAACCUAAGGCUACUUUUUUUGUAAUCAUUGUUUUGAUAUUGCAAGAUACGUCUGAUACAGUCAACAUCUCUUCUUCUGUAACCUUGUCCAGCCUUUUUAUUUUAAUAUAGAGUGGGAUCAGUAAGCUGUGUGUAACAUUUUGUGACCCUGAUUAAAAUAAGUAUAUGAAAAAUAUUAUUAUACAAUGCAGGAUUUAUUUUGUUAGUCAUUCAGCAGUAACCAGCUCCUUUUUCUAGUAAUCAAUACUUUGUCAACAAUGUUGAGAGUAAAAAGUAGCAAUGUAUUGGCAAGCCAAUAAGGACUAGCUGGAUUGUGCUAUUAUGUCUUAUUCAAGAUACUGUAUAUAAUCAAAACAAGCUUGGUAGUGGAACAGCUUGCCGAACAAUAAAUAGCAUGGUACAUUCAAAUAGCUUGGAUAAUAAUAACCAACUUGAAAGUACCAUUUGGCUUUUUCUUUUUAAUGCUCCUGCAGAAAUAAAUUGUGCAUUGUAAUCCCACCGGUUUUGACACACUUUUUAUGGCUCUGCUGUGGAUAAUUCAUUCAGAUUGUUGUUUUUCUCAUUUUAAAUUUUGUUCAUGGAGAAACGGCUUACUGUGGGACUUAAUUAUGGUGUCUGGCCCUUGGGCUAAUAAAACAUACUGAGAGCUUUAGAUGAGUAUUUUAUCCUGUCAGAUAAAUGCAGAAGCUCUCCAGUCCCAAGGUGUUGUGAGUUUGUCAUGAAAUGUCAAGUCUGGUAUUAUAUUUUUAUACCAUUGUCAAUAUUUUCAUUUUAAAGGCAGCAGUAAGCUUUUUUUCCAUGAACAACAUUUUAAGUAAAAACAUCACACUGAGCAAAUCCCUUUUAGAUUUGUGGUUAAGAUUGAAAGCGCAAGUAUAAUGUUUUAUUAUGUUGUCAGAUAGCUCUCAGGGAUACCAGUUACUAAAUGCCUACACAAAUUGAGUGCUUUUUAUUCACUUGAAAAAUAUGGAUAGGGAAUCUAACAGCUUAAACAAGGAACUAUCUCUUUGUGGUCAAAAUGUUAAGAACAUAUUCAGUCCCAAAAGAAAAUGUGUGAAGCAAUUUUUUUCCAGAUAGUUUCUUAACAUUCACUGUGCUGCAUUGGUUUUGUCCAAUUUUCAUUUCAAUUUUUGUAUGGUUUUAAUAUAAUAUAUCACAAAUUGUUCAUGUUGCAUUGCAUUUGUCUCAUGCCAUUAAGUAUUACACAACAGUUUGCAAUUUCAA